UGUUGCUAGCCCUGCUUUUAUUAACUGUCAAAAAUAUUAAAUGCAUUUUUCGAAAAAAAUUUAUUUUUAUUUUCACCUUUUGGUCAUAAUUCUUCAAUAAAAAAACAGCUACAUUAAUUUGAACAAUAUUCCAGCCAAAACCAUGACCAACAAAGACUCAAACCUGACCACAGGCGACAGCUACUCCCUCCAAAUCUCCACAAAUUCCUCAUUAUCCUGCGAGAGUGAUAUUUCAUCGUUUUCAUUCGAUAAAGAAGUCGACAGCUACACAAGUCGAAUAGGCGAAGAUGAGCUGCCCAUCUUCGAAAUACGUCUGCUCUCACCGCUCGGCCGAUCCCCAUCGCCCAUAGACAGUGACCUGGAAUUUCUCUCGUCGCCCACCAAAAGCUGCAUUACCCCGACCAGAAACCGAAAACCACAUGGCCAACCGAAGAACACCCAAGACUUUGUAACACUUCACGACAUAAACGCCCAAAUAAGCCCACCGAGUGAUUCCGAGAGCGUCAGCAGCAACAGUAACAACCAAUCGAUGUGUGAUAGCCCACUGCAAGGCAAUCUCGAAACAAUAUUCGAAGGUGUAUUCCUUCACACACCACCGAAGAAGCUAAGUAAAAUAAAGAGAAUCAGCAGCGGAGGCACAACGACGAAGCUGCGCAACAGCUUGCUCGAGAAAAUCGCAAUCAAUCGCCUUAAUUUUGUUCCAUCCUCGGAUUCCGAUGAUAAGGAGAAUAUCGAUACCAAUGAGGAUGGUAGUGAUAAUUUUACAGCGGCGAAUAGCACAACACUCACAGACGAUGGAUAAAGAUCGAACAUUGAACUCGAGAACUAGAAAUAAAAAGCUGUAUACUUUUUAGUUAGUUUAUAUAUUUUUUUUAUAUUAAUUUUAAGUUGUAUUCGUACAAAGGUCAAUAAAAAGAAUUUUAGAUUUCUUAUGAAGAAU